GCUAAAGAAUAAUCCGACACAACGCGCACGUUACUUAGUGUACAAAGCAUUGUUUUCAGUGGCUUGUCUAUUAUUAUUUUUGCUUAAGUUAAUAUUGUGUUAGCUUACCUACCUACUUACCUACUUUUAUAGUUGUGUUGGGUAAAUAAAUAAACAAACAUGGUGUUCGAACUACCAAGAUACAAUAAAUGUUGUUGUUGCAUACCGUUGAAAAUCGGUGUGUUGCUCAUCGGAUAUUUUUCUAUUUUUAUGUCGUGUAUGACACUAGCUACCAUUUCAUGGACAAUCUUUACAGUUUCAAAAUUCGUAGACAAUCAUCAGAAUCAACCAAAUCCUGAGCAUCCACCAAGUGAAAUCAAGAAAGUGGCUUUGGGCCUGUACCUAACGUUUGCCUACUACUUAUUGGUGUUCCUGGUCAAUCUUGCCAUUAAUAUCGUGUUAAUUAUUGGAGCACAUAGGGAAAAGCCGAAUUACUUGAGGUUCUACUUCAGAGCAACAUUAUUAAUGUUCUGCCUGAGUAUCGCAUUGGUUAUUGUGACAUUCGUGUUUAUGGGAUUUAUAGCCACACUGCCCAUACUCAAGUGGUCCUUAACUCUCCUCGUGGUUAUGAUCAUAGUAAGAAGUUAUUACCUGGUCCUGGAGGACAGAGAGAAGCCGCCAGUUUAUGAACUGCAGCCUUACGUUCCUGUACAACAAGCGCCGCUGAUGGCUUAAUGAUUGACUUCUCAUUUUUGUAUUUUAAAAUAGUUUAGUAAUAUUAAAUAAAAUAAUAAUGUCUA